AUGAGACUUCCUCCAAAGAACGGUAGCGGCAGUAGCGCCACCAGGAACAGACCUCCCACUGUCAGUACGAGUACUAGUACCAAUACCAAUACGAAUGUUGGCACUACUAGUACAAAUACUUCUCUUCAGGAACUGGUCGCUGCAUCCUUUGACACCUUAGAGGACAAUAUCAAUGAUAUCAUCGCCUUUGAAGAAGUUGCGGAAAAGAAGAAUGAUGAAUUUGAUCGAGCACGAAAAAUGAUUGCUACGCCAUCGGAACGAUACGUGAUGCCAUCACCAAGAGUACCGUCAAAAACAGUGAUGCCAUCAUCACCGUCACCGGUUCAAGAAGCCAAAAAGCGAUUGAGUUUGUCUUCGGAAUAUUCCUCGUCCUCGAGGAAAUCCCCAGGUGCUAUUGUUCCGAAAAAGAGAACAAGUUUCACUUCCGACUCCUCUUGGAUGAAACCUUCCAAAGAUAGUAACAACGAUGACGGAGAAGUCAUCAAGCCGUCUAGCAUCCGACGAGCAAGUGCAACCUCUGUUGCAUCGGCAUCUGAUCCCCAGCAACCCAAUAAUGGAGAUAAGAAGCAAGUACCAUCCAACAAACUGUUCAAGAAACCAUCCGAAAGAGCUUUGAGGGAACUAAAGGAACUAUCCACAAAGUUUGAUUCGGAUAUGGAAAUCACUGAAUUGCGCCAAGAAUUGCAUAGGGCUUCCAUAAAUUAUGAAGUGUUGAGCAAAAAGUCGCCCUUUGGAAUUGAUAGUAGUGCGGAACGAAACGAUUUGGGAGGAGACAAUACCGCCAAACGAAUCAGCUUUCAAAAAGAUUUGCCGCAAACAUUCAAUGAAAAUGAUGUUCAUGGAGCCAUCAAGGAGCGACUGGAGUUCUUUCGCACCUCUUUACAAGAGUACACAGAGGAGCAACAUCAGCAGCAACAGCAACAACAACAACAGUUGCAAGAAGAAAUAUCCGAAAGUGAAACUGAUGAUACUUCCAAAGACCAGCAUUUGUCUAGAGAAAUUAAUACGAAACGGCCAUCUGGUGCGUCCUUGGAGGCGUCAUUGCAUGCGGAAAAAAGAUUGUCUGAUGUCACUUUGGAUACUGCCAUUGGUAUUGAAAAACGGCCUGGUCAUGUGGUAACGACGGUCGAAGAUGCGGACGAUGACCACCAUCAUGAUGACGACAACGACCAUGAUGACAAUCUAAAAGUGGCCAAGGAAAUGAUCUAUGGAGAUGGGGGCAAGUCCAUGCAAACUACACCAACUGCCAGUGGAAACAGUGAAAAGGACAAAGAUUUUGAAGUGGAGGAGAAAAAGCGCAAGUUUGGAGAGAGUUUGGGUCGUUUCUUUAGUGCCCUCAAGUCUUGGUUUCAAAAAAGAAUCGAGGCAUUUGUGGCCAGCUUCACGCCCAAGGAAAAGAUGAUAUAUGUAAAUCAGAUGGGAUGA